CCGGCGCAGCCCGCAUCCUCGUCACUGGGGGGACGCAGACACAAGGGCUUUGUUGUGCAGGGGCUCAACCUAAUUGAGGGCUUUACGGUUGCGGACAAAUGCGCAUUACGAGUUACUAUUUGUGUGGUUAUGUUCAUUAAGACAUUCCAGCACGGAUUGGGGCGACGCAGAGAGAGGGGGGCUUUACAUAAUGGAGUGCAUGCUUUUCACGUGAAAUUCGCCUUUAAAAAGCGGGACUCUCCUCUCUGCUAGUCGUGGCACAUCGUAAACCAGCGGACGCGCACGAGUGAAAAGUAUUUGACAGCUGCACUUUGUUGAGUGGACUCGGAUUCAGGAUGGUGUCGUCGUACCCGCUGCCGGAUGGCUUCUCCGACUUUGAUGUGUUCUCCCUGGGCUCCUGCCUGCUGGUGGAGGGUCUGCUGGGCUUCUUCCUGAACGCGAUGACCAUCGCUGCUUUCCUCAAAGUCAGGGAGCUGAGGACCCCCAGCAAUUUCCUCGUGUUCAGCUUGGCCAUGGCUGACAUGGGCAUCUGCAUGAACGCCACCGUCGCCGCUUUCUCCAGCUUCCUGAGGUAUUGGCCAUACGGCUCUGACGGAUGCCAGACUCACGGUUUCCAGGGUUUCGUGACAGCUCUUGCCAGUAUCCACUUCAUCGCCGCCAUCGCCUGGGACAGAUACCACCAGUAUUGCACCAGGACCAAGCUGCAGUGGAGCAGCGCCAUCACUCUGGUUGUGUUCAUCUGGCUCUUCACCGCCUUCUGGUCCGCCAUGCCCCUCAUUGGCUGGGGAGAGUAUGACUACGAGCCCCUCAGGACCUGCUGCACCCUGGACUACACCAAAGGAGACAGAAACUACACGUCCUACUUGAUCCCCAUGAGCAUCUUCAACAUGGGCAUCCAGGUGUUUGUUGUCAUGUCCUCUUACCAAGCCAUUGCACAGAAAUUCAAGAAGACUGGAAACCCCAGGUUCAACCCCAACACUCCUCUUAAGACCAUGCUGUUGUGCUGGGGCCCCUAUGGCCUCCUGUCUUUCUACGCCAUUGUGGAGAAUGCCAGCCUGGUCUCCCCUAAGCUCAGGAUGAUGGCACCUAUCUUCGCCAAGACGUCCCCGACCUUCAAUGUCUUCCUGUACGCUUUGGGAAAUGAGAACUACAGAGGAGGCAUCUGGCAGCUCCUGACCGGGGAAAAGAUUGAAGUGCCUCAAAUUGAGAACAAGUCCAAAUAAACUGAGCAUGCAAUAUCGCACACUUUCUGUCCUGGUGGUUUCUCGCAGGUACCUCAGUAUCUCUGUUAGUGUGUACGUGAACGUGUCGUGAAUUGAACAAUGGUGCCCCCCCCACACACACACCUGCAGACAUCUGUCCCAAAUUUUCCCACUGUUUAUUGUUUCAGCGUAGUGAUUUCUCGUGAAUGAGAUUGUGAACAAAAAAUAAUUAUCACAUUAUUUUUUAAACUACUUUAAACAGACAAGCAAUUCCUGCUGUGUGUUGUUUACUGCACCUCACAAUCAAAUACUCUGGAUGUGGCUGCUUCUGUAAACAAACACGUGAUUUUUUUGAGUCAGUGUCAGAUUUAAUGCAAUUCCUUUUCCGAGUAGGGGAUGACUUUCAUUUUGAAUUCAUCCUAACCAAAUGCUUAUUGUAAACAGACACUAUCCAUGGUGGCUGAUUAAAAAUACAAACAUUCCUAUGAAGAAGGUAGUGUGGAUCCCCAUGUUAAGAGUAUAGCAAAUAUUGCUAUUGAAAGUUUUAAGGAACAUGGAUGCUGUAUGAUUAUAAUGAUUAUAAGUAACUAGCCCACCAAACAACACUUAUAUUGCCAAGAGGCAGCCUUCUGAGCUUUGUCAUUCAUCUUUUAAAAUCAUUCGAAACAGCUACUCUCAAACGUUGCCUGUUGUUAUCCUAGUCGAGAUCGGGAAGGUCCAAAACGAAAUCAUUUGAAUCUUAAAAAAGUCCCAAAAGACGACUAAUAUCGCCGAUUUAUGACCUGAUGUCUUAAUACAGUGUCUGUCCUUGUUUUACGACGCCUGUCAGUGAAUGUGAAAGUGUGUGCAUGCCAAUGAUGUUUCCCGAAAAGCUCUGUGGAGCAGCGAGCGAUCGCUGUAUCCAGAGGAGAGCGGCACUAAUCCAUCAAACAAGAGUCACAUUCUUCACUACACAGCCCCCACGAUGAGUUAGAGAUUAGUCGCUGCCCAUAGAUUAACUGGACGUACUUCUCGCCUCCAGAUUUACAUAUGAAAUAAAGACAGAAGUGUGUGUGACGUUUGAGAGGAGUCCGACUUAACUCCUGGUCUUUACAUAGAAAAGAUUCCGGUUUCAAUUAAGAAUAAGGUUUACAAUUCAGCCUUAGAUUAAAUCAACCUCUUGAUCAUCAUUGAAUAAUACAACUAUACUUAAAUACGUGUGAUUUUAUGUACUUUAAGAAACAAGACAUUACUUUGACAUUUCUUUGAGAGGUAUUGUGGGACCACAGCGGUAAACAAUACACAGUUACAUGCUGGUUAUCAUAUAAUCAAUAUUCUUACCGUAGGUUUCAAAAACCAAAAUAGUCCACUGUGCUGUUCGUUCUACUGUCGCAUUUGAUUGAGUGAAGCAAAGGAUAAUGAGGAAUGUUAUCGACAUACAACACAUGAUCAGACUCGGGGUUCACAGUGCAGCGUGUUUCUAAAUUCAAUUACAUCAUCACAAGAGCCAUUGAUCCAAUGAAGAAAGUGGUCACAGAUUUCAACAGAUUCAGUAUCUACGACACGUCUUGUAUGUGAUGUAUGGCACCACAAUGUAAAAUCCUCAUCAGCGUAACACUGCCCUGUUCUCACCCCGACUCUCCCCUGUGCCCAUGUGAAGUUCUUAGAAAUCUUAAGAUUAGUUAGUGGUGAACAUCUGGACUCCAGAUGUUGAGGGACCAGAUGACAAUUAUCCCAUUCUGUACAAUCACCAUGUAGUGACAUGUCGAUUUGAUAUAUGUAUCAGUCCCAGUGAAAUCAUGUAAACUCUGAAACCUUGUAUUUCCAUUUAAUUGUGAUGAGUUUGUAGUGGAAAUUUAUCUCGCGUUGUGAAAUAAA